AAAACUCACAACUUACUGAGCAAAGCAGACAGAGGACAUCACAGAAGACGAAAACUUUCUGAAAACACAAGUCCAUAUCGAACCAUGAGGCUCUACAUUCUUUAUGGUGUUCUGGUUUUGGCUGUGCUUCACUACAGCCCAAGUGUUGAUGCUACUAAAGUAAAAUUCGGCCCCCUCUGCAGUGGCAACCCAAAUAACAAUAUAAGAGGAUGUGACGCUAAAGGCUGUGGAAAAUUUGGAGCCACCAGGAAGGGCAAAAAUGGUGUCAUUCGAAAACACAAGGGUCUUGACAUUGUUUGUAAUGAUGGAUCUACCAUUUAUGCACCAUUUGACGUGACGUUAAAUGGCAAGGCUUCCCCAUACGGAAACAAUAAUGCUAUUGAUAAUGGCAUAAAACUGAAUGGACAAGGACUUUGCUUCAAGCUCUUCUAUGUUAAGCCGGACAAGUACUCUGGGAGUCUGAAGAAAGGCGAGAAGAUCGGAACUCUCCUUCCAAUGCAGAAAGUUUAUCCUGGAAUCACUUCCCAUGUUCAUGUGCAGAUGUGUAACGAAUCAGAUCCCACCAAAUACUUCUAAUACUUUUUCUAGCCACCUGUUAUCCUUACAUCGUUCAGUCUGCGGUUUUCAAUUGAAAUCAUGCUUAAAAAAACCCAUUAAUAAACAUUAAACAUUUCUUCUGCUAA